AUGUCAACUAGAUCCGAUCACUUGGCCAUUGGUUACCCGCCCCAAUCUGCCACACAGAAUCGGUCGACCUCACCCACCACCAACAAUACUUCUCCCAUCGAUUCUGCCGCUGGUUCAUCCAUCAGAUCUCCCUUCGGUCUACCAGGCGGCUUGAGCCACUCCAGCAAGAUGGCUAGCGCCUCGCGAUCAGGGGCUGGCUCUCCGUCGCACGAGAUGCCCGGCUCGAGCAGGUUGUUUUCCAAGAGAGCCCGCGAGAUUCAAGCCCAAGAAGGCGUGCCUGGACUGCCGGUAAAUCCCUGGGGCGGUCCGCCGACCAGUGGCAACUCCACGCCCCUCCGCGAGAAUAUCCCCGAGUCACCGACUGAUGGCUUUCCUGACUUUGCUCAACUCCCUACACCCGACUCCAUGCCCCAGGCGAGGCGCGCUCGUGCUGGAACUGUACCCUCGCGGUUCUCCCCGGGUGGUGCCGGCAAUGGCUUGCUCAGCAUCCCCGCCAUGGCUCCCAAGUCGUCGCGACCUACGCCGUCCCACAGCCCUUUCAAAUCGUCGUCUCCUGGCCUCGAGCCGACCGAGACGGCUUCCAACAACUCCGCCUUGCUAUCGCGUCUCCGCGCUGGAUCGAUGCCUCAGAGGAGCCCAUUCGCGCAGAUCCCGGGCACCAGCUCGCCCUUUGGCCCCUCCAUAUUCAGUAGCUGGAACCCCACCGGUACCGGCCGCGACCGGGGCAUGACGCUUGCGAGCAUUGCUAGCAUUGGCUCGACCAACGGGCCGAGCUCCCCGACCCAGUCCCAGAUUUCCCGAGAAGGCGGUGGGGAGAGCGAUGUUCAUAUGAGAACACUGGACUACCUGGGACUGGCCGAGACGCCGCAACCCCCCCGUGCCCAAUUGGCAACGCCGUACAUUCCGAGCUUCAACGAGUUUACUAAGGCUAACCGUUUCCGCUCGUACUCGGUCAACAACAAGGACAAGUAUGCCGACGAGGAGGAGGAUGACUUUGAGGAAAACAUGACUCUCGAGAGCCAGUAUGUCGCCCACCUUCAGGAUCAACUCGCGGCUACCAAUGCCGCCAUCCACAACCACAACCUGGCUGUUCAGGCCUUCGCGAACCAGGCCACGCGUCCCCGCGCCAGGACCGCCGGCGUUCUUGAUACGCCUGGCUCUCGUCUCAUGCGGACUUACAUGUCUGGCAAUGGUUUGGGCAACGCGGUUCCUCCUGCCGAGAUCCGUCUUCCAGACGAAAAGGAGUUCGAUGACCUCCCUCAAGCUGUGGCUGCCAUGAACCUUGGACGGUCAAGCAGUCGCAACGCGGGUCUACUCAACGCAGAGGAUCAAGGUCUCGAGGGCCCUACCAGCGCUCUGUGGCUAGGUAGCAUCCCGACUUCCACCACGACGUCGACCUUGACCGAGAUGUUCAAAUCUUACGGUCCUAUUUUGUCUGCCCGUGUUCUCACGCACAAGAAUUGUGGCUUCGUCAACUUUGAACGAAUGGAAAGUGCCAUCACUGCCAAGGCCAGCAUGAAUGGCAAGGAAAUCUUUCCCGGAGCUGGCCCUAUUCGCAUCAAUUUUGCUAAGCCGCCCUCUGCCUCGAAUACCCCCGGUCACGACGGAGUUUUCCCUUCACCCAGCCCCGACCCCUUCUCGAAGAACCAGGACAACUCGCACAGUACCUCAUCCGGCGCUGCCGCUGACAAUGGCAGCUCAGCCGCCCAGUCAGCUAACGCUGCUCCCACUGUGCCUCCUCUGUCAGAGAUGACGAGUGACAUUCUGCAUAUCGUGAAGCAAUUCCAGGCUUCUGACGAAGACACUGCCAAGAUCUCUCGCAGCCUCCAAUCCUCUAUCCAGUUUACCAACUUUGUCGACGAGAUCCCUCCCAUCCGGGAGCCGGCCCACACGCGGGUUCACGAUGCUCCGAGACUCAGAGACAUUAGGAAGAGAAUUGACAACCAGAGUUUGUCUCAGGCAGAGAUUGAGACGACCGCCCUCGAUAUGCUGCCGGAGAUCGCCGAACUCUCGUCUGACUACCUCGGCAACACUGUCGUACAGAAGCUUUUUGAGCAUUGCUCCGACGAACUUCGGGACGCCAUGCUUGCUGAGAUCGCUCCUCACAUGGCGGAAAUUGGCGUACACAAGAACGGUACUUGGGCCGCUCAGAAGAUUAUCGACGUCUGCAAGACUCCUCAUCAGAUGACCUUGAUUGUCGAGAAUCUGCGCCCCUACACGAUCCCUCUGUUCCUCGACCAGUACGGCAACUAUGUUCUUCAGGGCUGCCUCAAGUUCGGCGCCCCUUUCAACGACUUUAUCUUUGAGACGAUGCUCAGUCGGAUGUGGGAGGUGUCCCAGGGUCGCUACGGUGCCCGAGCUAUGCGUGCCUGCUUAGAGAGCCACCACGCCACCAAGGAGCAGCAACGGAUGCUUGCUGCCGCAAUCGCCUUGCACAGCGUCCAGCUUGCCACCAACGCCAACGGAGCUCUUCUAUUGACCUGGUUCCUAGACACCUGCACAUUCCCCCAGCGCAGGACAGUUUUGUCGCCUCAACUUGUCCCCUGUCUGGUGCACCUGUGCACCCACAAGGUCGCCUAUCUCACCGUGCUGAAGGUGAUUAACCAGAAGGCCGAGCCCGAGGCUCGGGACACCAUUCUCAAGGCUCUCUUCUUCACGCCCAACGACCAAGUCCUAGAGGCGAUCCUCAGCGACCAUGCCUGCGGCGCUACCCUCAUUUUCAAGGUUCUCACGACCCCUUUCUUCGAUGAGAGCAUCCGCAGCCAGGUGGUUGAGAAUGUCAAGAACGUUUUGGUGCGCAUCAAAGCUCAGCCCGGUCAGGGCUACAAGCGCUUGAUGGACGAAGUUGGCUUGUCUACUCGCAACAGCGGUGGUGGCGGGCGUGACCACGGGCACGGCAACUCCAACAACAACAGCAACAACAGCAGCGGCAGCAACACUGAGCAGCGGCAGCGACCUGCUUCCCGACAGGCCAGUAUGAGCAACCAUCACCAACAGGCGGCCCACAUGAACAAGCAGCAGUACUACAACCCGUUGAACUCGUCUGCCAACGCCUCCAACUACGAGUUGGGCUUCGGCGCCCAGCGCAGCGAACCUGCCGAUGCGAGCAUGCCACCUUUCCCUCCCUACGGUGUCCAGAACUCCAUGUACAACCAAUCGAACUCGCCGAUGCCGACCCCCGCGAACUUGCAGCAGCUGCAAUACCAGCAGAACAUGCUCAACCGCGCAACGCCUCCUGUUAACAAUUUCUUCCCCCCAAUGCAAGCAGGCUUCGGCGGCUACAGCAGCAGCCCGAGUCCAUCGAUCGAUCAGUACCGCGGCCAGAAUUUGGCCAACGGCAGCCCUAUCCAGCCGCCAGCAAGCCAGCUCCCUCAGAUGCCUUCUGGCCAAACUCCGUACGCACCCCCCGGCUUUGGCAUGAACAUGGGCAUGACGGGCUACGGUGGCUACGGCAACAUGGGGGCCAUGCAGAGCAUGGCGUAUAUGCAGCAGGAGCAAGUCAAUGGAAGACGUGGCCGAGUAAGCCAAUCCCCAUUCGCAUCCCAGCAGCAGCAACAGCAGCAACAACAGUAUCAGCGAAACCAGUGGCAUGACUGA